AUGUAUGGCAGUUUCAUGGAUGCAAUGGUAGAAGCUAUUGAACAAUCUCGAACUAUUAUGAUCUGUAUGAGUGAACAAUAUCAACGAAGUAAUUGUUGUCGAGCCGAAACACAAUAUGCAUUUCAAAAACAAUUAAAUAUAGUACCAAUUCUCUUGCAAAAACACUACAAACCUGAUGGAUGGCUUGCAUUUCUAAUAGGUUCAUUACUGUAUGUUGAUUUUACUAAACAUGAAUAUUUCAAAGCACUUGAUAUGUUAAUGAAAGAAUUCAAAAUGACUGAUAUGCGUAAUAAAAUUUCAACGAAAUCUAUUCAACCAAAAUUAAAUAAUGUAGAAUUAUUGAAUGUUUCUUCUUGUUUGAUACAAUCAUUAUCACAACCAAUAACAUUUCCUGAACAUGUACAAGAUUGGACAGAUAUGCAUGUACAGAGAUGGCUUUCUGAGAACAAUCUUCCACAGAUGGCUCGCAUCUUGUUGGGUAUGGAUGGUCUAAGUUUAAUCUAUUUCAGUGAAUGUAUGAUCAAAAAUGAACCACAACUAAUAUUAUCAUUACUUCAACAAGAUUCAUUUCGUCGUAUAAAUGAGAAUGUAUCACUAAUCGAAGUAUCACAUUUUCCAAAUUUAAUCGAAAGAAAAAAUCUAGUUAUGUUUGCAUCAAUCAAACAAUUCAAACAAGUACAGAGUAAAAUUAAAGAUUUGAACUAUUCAACAAUCUGUAGCAUAAUUUAA